GGGAAGUUCGCAGCUCUCCACAUUUCUGGAGAACAUCAAUUGUAAACCUUCCGACUGUUGUAGCUUUAAUAUUUAACACAUCAUGUUAAUAUAGCUAGACUUAUUACCCCGGAAAAUGGAUUGCAGAUCAUUGUUCAUAGCAGCUGCACGUGUUGACUGCUAUUUACUUUGGUGAAAUUCAUCAAGAUUUUAACUAAUCUAGCUAAUUCGCUGCAGAACCCAGUCUUAACUUCUGCCUACUGCACUACAGUUGGUUGACAAAGUUACCUCUUUCUAUGCCAAGAUGGGGAGACCACGGAGGGCAGUGCGUCAGCCAAAGCCGAAAAAGACAGAUGAGUAUGACAGCGACGACUCCGCUGCCUACAAGGACAUGCCAGUCCCGGAUAAGAAAUCCUCCAAGUAUGUAGAAGACGAGAUUGCGGAAUUUCACAGUAAGAAAAUCUCGAAACUGCUGUCAGAGGGAGUGCAGGCAGACAGUGACCAGGAGGACAUCGCCGAUGAGGAGGAGGUGAUGCCUCUGGAUGUUUCAGACUCAGAAGAGGAUGAGGAGGAGGAGGAGGAAGAAGAAGAGGAGGAGAUAGACAUGGACAGUGACCUUGAGGGAAAGAAGGAUGAUGACCUGCCCAAUGAAAUGGCAUGGGGACUCAGGAAGAAGAUGUACUACGAUUCUGACUAUGUCGCCGUCAAGGGGAAAUCUCAAGAGGAGGUGGAGGCUGAGGAUGAGGAAGAGGAGCAGGAGGCGAAGAAUAUCCAGAGGCGCCUAGUUGGAAACCUCAGUGAGGAAGACUAUGACCUGCACCUUCUCCAGGAGUUUGCUGUGGAGGAGGAGGUGGAGAAGCCCCCACAGAAGGAGGAGAAGAUCAUGAAGGACCUGGAAAAAAUGUCAAACAAGGAGAAGCUGAAGCUGCUGAAAAAGGAGUCUCCAGAGCUGCUGGAGCUCAUCCAGGACUUCAAGGCCAAGCUGACAGAGCUGAGGGAUGAGAUCCAGCCUCUCCUAGAGAUGGUGAAAGAUGGGCGGAUCCCGGAGGGGAAGGGUGCAGACUACCUCCGGACCAAGCAGCAGCUAUAUCUGAACUAUUGCACAAAUAUCAGUUUUUACCUGGUGCUGAAGGCCAGAAGAGUCCCAGCCCAGAACCACCCUGUGAUAGAGAGGCUUGUCUCCUUCAGAAACCUGAUUAAUGACCUGGGAGAGGUGGAUGCCAGGCUGGCCCCGCAGAUGCGCCAGCUGCUCUCUGAAGCCCAGCAGCAGGAGGCUGGCAGGAGACUCACCGGCAGCAAGCACAACAGCGCCUCCGGCAGGAGGGAGACGGUGGCGGAAGAGUCCGGCUCUGCAGAGGCCGUGGGGGAGUCUGACUCAGACCUGGAUGAGGAGGCGGCCCUGCGCUUCUACAAACAGCAAGAGGCGAGCCUGAAGCUGAAGAGGAGCAAGGCAGAGCCUGAGGAAGAGCUGGAGGAAGAUGAGGAUGAGCUGGACCCAGAAGCUAAGAGAGGCAUUACAUACCAGAUGGCCAAGAACAGGGGCCUGACACCAAAGAGGAAGAAGAUCGAUCGAAACCCGCGUGUCAAACACAGGGAGAAAUUCCGUCGCGCCAAGAUCCGCAGAAAGGGCCAGGUUCGAGAGGUACGUAAGGAGGAAGAGAAGUACAGUGGAGAAUGGUCCGGUAUUCGCGCCGGAGUUAUAAAGAGCACAAAAUUCAAGUAACGGAUCCGACGGCGAUCAGAAGACUUAAAGAACGUGGAACUGGACAGGGAUCUGUUCUGAGACAGAUCGGAUCUCUGAGAGUAACGCUGGGAACAGCUGUGGAAAGUAAAACCAGAAAAAGGCCCGUUUAUACAGCUGUGUUUUCAGAACAGAACUGUAAUGGACUGUUUUGCAGUUCUCUUGAAUUUCACUCAUGAGUCCUUUAAAUAAAAGUUGUUGCUUAGUUAUUUACAUUAUUGUUUAAUA